AUGUCUAUAACACAUUUCUGUCAUACUUCUUGCUUUACAUUUCCAAUUCCAGUUCCAGUGCCAUUUCCAUUGGUAUCUAGAAGUAUAUAUAAAGUCAUCACUCCAUCAGCAUUUCAAUUCUCCACCUUCAGAACGUUACCAGUGAGAAGAUCACAAUCACAUUGUAGAUUAUUCCACACCACGAGAAUCACUACAUCUCCCCAAAGUCAAGGAAUAUUCUCCAGAAUAGGGAGAAGACCGAGAAAUAUGACAUCACCCGGCUCUCGAUCUCCGAAGUCUGAUUUGGAAAAACAAUAUACUUCAUCUACUAGUAGUUCUAAAGUAGAUAGGAAAGCCAAGAAAGAGAUUGCUGUUCCACAGCCUAGUUCGAGUAUCCUCCUCAUCUCCCCCCAAAACCAAAUUCUCCUCCUCCAUCGUAUCCGCACCUCCUCUUCCUUCCCCUCCGCCCACGUCUUCCCAGGUGGAAACCUCGAUCCCUACCACGAAUCACCCAUCCCCCCUCCCUCCUCUCCUUCCCGUCAUGUAGAUUCCGAGAUAUACCGUCUCGGCGCUAUCCGGGAAUGUUUCGAAGAGAGCGGAAUUCUCCUCGCUCUCCCUUCCCCAUCCCCUUCCCCUCAAAACCCUGAGCAAAAAAUCUCCCAAAAGGAAACCCUCCACAUUGAAGAAAAAGAAAUCUCGCGCGCAAGAAAGGAAAUCCAUUCCAGGAAUAUCAAUUUCUCAACCUGGCUAGCCCAACAAGGAGGAAUCCCCGAUAUCGAUUCUCUCCAUCCAUUCACCCGGUGGAUCACCCCUUCCAAUCUCCCAAAACGUUUCACCACCCAGAUGUACAUUUAUUUUCUCCCGUUAUCUUCAUCCUCGACGGAAGUAGAAACUGAGAGUAUUCCCACAAACCAAGGAACAGAAAAAGAAAAAGACACCCACACAACCCCCACCCACGACGGCGGCAUCGAACACACUGCGGCCGAAUUCGCCUACUGUUCUACAUGGCUCGAGAAAGCGCGAAAGGGAGAAAUCAUUCUCUUCCCCCCACAAUUCUAUCUCAUGGAAUUGCUUUCUCAAUUUUUGCUUCCCGCAGGAAGCGAUACCAAUUCCACAUUCUCCAUAGACGAACUCUCCGCGCAAAGAAGGCAAGUCUUGCAAUUCCUGCAAGGAGACGGAGGCGAUGGGUCGGGAAUUUUCUGGGGCGAGAAAGUCAUGAGUCCGCUUUCGUUGGGGGUCAAGAGGAAAAAUGGGGAUGGGAGGGUGAUAUUGGGAUUGGAUGGACAGGGUCCGGAAUUGGAGGGGAGGGGGAGGAAAGGAGAUGGGAAGAGAGUUGUGCUUGUGAGGUUUGGGAAGGAGGGGCCUAGGGAGGUGGAGGUUAGAGAGAGGAGGGAGGUUUUGGAGGAGGAGAGGGGGGAUAGAGAAAAUGGGGCGAAGUUGUGA